AUGGGUAGGUGGGUGAGUGGGUGCGUGAGUGGGCGGGCGAGAGGCGCGGUGCGACCGCCUUGCCAGCAGGCCGCGUCGCUGCACGUGGCCGCCCACGGAGGAAGGAGAGGAAGAGGCGCGACGACCGGAAGCUGGCAGCCAGAGCCAGAGCCAGGUCGUGGGAGCGAGGGAGAUGCCACUUCCUGCUUAAAAACCGCGUGGCCUGAUGUCCCAUUCGACCUACUCUUUGGGCGACCUGAAUCCGAGUCGCGGCCCGUAGCACCUGCCUCCGCUCGCGAAGCUCCGCAGGGAAGGCGGUGCGUGGCGCGGCGCGGCUGGCGUGGCGUGGCGUGGCUUGGCGUGGCGCGCCGUGGCGCGCCGUGGCGUGGCGCGCCGUGGCGUGGCGCGCCGUGGCGUGGAGCGGCGCGGCGCGGUGCGGUCUAUCCGCCCCGCGCGCGGAAUAGGGCCGGCGAGUUCCGCUUUCGGGAAGGAGGCGACCCACCGUGUGGUGUUACCUCAACGUGCUUGUUUGGGGAGGAAAAGUCGCUCCAAAAAUCUUCGAAACCAAGUUUUGGUAUCCUUUUUGAUAUUGAUGGUGUUAUUGUAAGAGGAAAAAAAGUUUUACCAUCUGCACCAGAAGCCUUCUGGCGGUUAAUCAACGCUGAUGGCACAUUUCGAAUUCCCACCGUCUUUGUCACUAAUGCUGGAAAUGGCUUACGGCAUGAAAAAGCCAAACAGCUAUCCCAGUGGCUGGGUGUCCAAAUAAGUGAAGACCAAGUUAUUAUGGCCCAUUCUCCUCUAAGAAUGUUUCAACAAUUUCAUACUAAGCAUGUUCUUGUAUCUGGGCAAGGACCAACUGUUGAAAUAGCUAAAAAUCUUGGCUUCCAAAAGAUUACUACUCUGGAACAGUUGAGGCAUACUUUCCCAGUGUUGGAUGCUGUUGAUCACAAACGACGGAUUUCAGUGCCUUGCACAUUUGAACAAUAUUUCCCUCCAAUAGAAGCAGUUGUUUUGUUUGGUGAACCUGUGAGGUGGGAGACAGCUCUACAACUUCUUGUAGAUGUUCUUAUGACUGAUGGUCAGCCUGCUGUGUGCCCAGCGACUCUGAGGUAUCCACAUAUACCUGUGUUAGCAUGUAAUAUGGAUUUGCAGUGGAUGGCAGAAGCUCGUAUGCCAAGAUUUGGCCAUGGGGCAUUUCUGUUGUGUUUAGAGACACUUUAUAAGAAGAUAACAGGUUUAAAUUUAAUAUAUACUGCUUUAAUUGGGAAACCUAGUGAAAUAACUUAUCAUCAUGCUCAUUGUAUGGUGUUAGCACAUGCAAGGCAAAUAGGAAUAACAGAUAAUUUGAAACAUCUGUAUGCAAUUGGAGAUAAUAUUUAUACUGAUGUCUUUGGGGCUAAUUUAUACAACCAGUAUUUAGAGAGAAGAGAGAGACGUGUUACACGACGACAACAAAACAUAGAAGAUCUCCUUGGAGCUGACCCACAUGACUGGGAUCAAGGGGCCGUCUCUUGUUCAAGCAUUUUAGUGGAGACUGGUGUUUACUCACCGGACCGAAACGAUGGUAUAUCAGAUCAUUCUCCAAGAGAUUUUUUGCCUGUGGAAGAAAAAUUACGAGAACCAGAGUACACUGUAGAAAAUGUUUCCAAGGCAAUAGAUCUGAUAUUUAAUAUAGAAAAUUUUGAGUAACAAAUUUUCCUUUAUUGUGAUGAAUAUUUUUUUGUUUAAGUGAUUUAUGCAAGUUGAAAAUUGGAUGAUGUGUAAACUUGGGUGUAAUGGUUUGCGGUGUGUGAGCCAGAUGGUGUAACCCUAUUCAUUGACGUUCUUUUUGAAUUGAUUGAGUAUAUCUUCAUACAAAAUUAUAAUGUAUUUGAACUUUAAUUAUUUUGACUAAAUAAUAUCAAUUUUCUACUUUAAUUUUUGCGAAUUACAAUUGAUCAGAUUUUAGAAUUUUAUUGUAAGGUUGACAUUUGAUUUUUGUUGGAAUUUUUUCUUUUGGACUCUUUAGUUACUAUGUUUUAGUAAUAUUUUUAUAAUUAUAUGUUUAUUUACUGAUGGCAGUUUAUUGCUUGUUUUGUUUCAUGAAAAACAUGAAGUUAUUUCAUUUUCUCUACUGACUCAUUCUGUAACAACAGAAUUAUUGGUUGUCAUGGUGCAAAACCAAGCACUUAAAAGCAUAACUGAUUUCUGUGAAAAAAUAAAAUGACUGUGAUAGUAGAUGUUUUGUGCCAGCUAAAUGAAUUGUGAUAAUUUAUAUCAGUGACUUGCUGAGAUAAUCCAAUGAAAUCUUCUAAACAUCUUGCAGGAUCUAUAAUUCCUGCUGAUUAGAAGGGGUAGUGAAGUACUUCAAUUAUUUCUGAUAUUUCUUUCACCAAUUCAUAAUAAUGUUUCUUAGUUUUCUUCAAAAGAAAAAAAGGAAAUAUUUUUAUCCACAUUUGAAUAGAAUAGUGUAGUAUCUCUAAAAAACAUUUUCAAAUAUAAACUAUGAUGAAUGUAAUAAAAAUUAAGAAGACUUAACAAGCUGAUCAAUAAAUCAACAACAGCCCAAUUUUUGGAGGGCUUUUUAACUUGAGCUUGAAUUAUUUGUUAGACGUUUAAAGUAAUAUCUCUCUAAUAAGUUAUGUUUGCUGGAGCCUAUUUAUUUAUCAUGAGGCAUGAAUUGGUGAGAUAGCAGGUGAUAGGGACCUAAAUUUAUGGCCAUAGUCUUGCAGUGAGAAUCUCAAAUCAUCAUCCUGUCUCCUUGGUAUGGCAUGUACAGUUAAGAUGUAAUGAUGACAAUGUUGAAGAUAAAGGUGAAGGUGAUGGAGAUGAGAUUAGUAAUAAGCAUGAAGAUGAAGAUGGAGGUGAAGGUAUAAGAGUCAGAAGAAAUGGGAGAAAAGAGGGAAAACCUGCUAUAAACCUUUUCUCCACCACAAACUUAUUGGCUCAGGCGGGGAUUGAACCUCACCCCAGCACUGGAAGGCGAGCUGACUGGUAGCUACAUCAUGGGUCGCCUGCCUCUGUAGCCUACUAAAACCUAUUGUUCAUAAUUUGGGCUGGGAAGUUUACGCAAGCUUUGAAUCCUAAAAUAUGUAUUCAAAUAUGUCAAAAUAUGCACAAAAAUAUUUAAAAUAUGCCACAUUUGGUUAUAAAAAUAUGUAGUUUGCAAUGGUAUCCAGAUAUUUUUGCCACCUAGGGAAAGUGGAAAUUAAAAAUUAAUUAUCAUAAACUUUAUUUUGCAUAAAGAAAACAGAAUAUCAUUUAGUAAUUGUUCAGAUUUUCUAUUUGUUGGAAGCACAUUUUAUCUCUAUAUGUAGUAUUGUAUUUUGAAUAUGAUCAAAAGACCUUGUCACAUCAGAGGAUGUGAUGGGUGAUUAUUUGUAUUUUGACAUGUUUGUUCUUACUACAUUCUCUGAAAGCCAAGUACAUAGUGAAUGUAUUUUCUCAUUUGAAAAUCAUCUUCCCAUUUUGUCAUUUACCUAUUCUGAAUUUACACAGUAACUCAACAAAUUUUACUUUGCUUGUCCUGGCUGUCAGCCAUGUAUAGGGUUUAUAUACUCCUGCUUGACUAAGAAAUUUUAUGCCAUGUAUUAACUAAUAAUUUUUACUUUAAAAUAAAAUUUGUAUUCAAAAUAUUGGAAAAUAUGCAAAUAACUUCAUUCUUAUGCCCCAAAUGUCUAAUAUAUGCAAAAUAUCCAUUAUAUGCAAAAUGUUUUCUCACUCAGAUUCAAUGUUUUGUCAUGAAACAGAUUUUAAGUUUCUGACAGAUUUAACUAUUAACAAAAAACAUGCAAAUUGCUUAAACUUCCCAGAUUUAGUCAUAAGUCCAUUCAUCUGGAGUGUAUUUGGGAACAAUAAUUUAUUUUCUUGUUCAUUAGUGAAGGACUGAAAUAUUAUUUCACUACCACCUUCUGUCCCAGAAAGAGGUGACGCUGCUUAAGGGGUAAAGGAAAAUGAAUGCUUUUCCAGAAGUUUUGCACUUUUCUUUACUAUUAAUAAAAUUUGAAAUUAACACUUGAUAAAAAGUUCUUAAAUUCAGUUUUUUGCAAAUAUUUGGCACAUAUGAUAUUUGCUAAUGAAAUGCUAGAAACAUAUUUUGGGAGAAUUGUGAAUUUGGUGGCUAUAAAACUAUUCAUAAAACUUAUGUUUUUUGUUGGAAAAUUCAAAAUAUUCAGAUUUACCUUAUACUCAAACAUUCACUUCAAUGAAGUUUUAAAAUUUUAAUCUUCAUUGGUUUAACCCUAGGAGUGCACCCAACUGAGAAUAUUAGUUUUUGUUGUUAUUGUAUGAAACACUGGUGAGAUUAUUAUUAAUAUAUUUUGUUGUUAAAGAAAUCAAAAUAGGGCUCUGAAAUUUUCUUGCAAAGGAGAUUGAAAUACCAUCAACAACGAUUGCAUAAAUAUUUAAGGAUUUAAAUUUAGUCUCAAGUCUAUAGGUGCUCUGUCUGGAAGACAUAGGACAGAUCAUGAACAGUGAGGUUCUUUUUUCUUUCUAAUUUCCAAAAAAAAAAAAGAACAUUUGGAAAUUAAUGUUUAUCUUUUGCUUCAUGUAAUAUUGUAAUUUUCCUUAGGUGAUUCAUAAUUGAUUCUUUAUUAAAAUUCACAGAAAUGUGUAAAAAUUUAAUAAAAUGUCUCUUCUUGAAAUUAGUUUAGAGUCCCUUUUCACAUGUUUUGGUUGGCUAUCCUCAAAUGACAGCAUAUUUAAGAUAUGUAUUUUGUAGUGCAGAAUACAUUGUUUCGGUCCUCAGAAAUUUGAACAAAUUUUAUGUAAAUCAUAUGGCUGUAGUUUAUAUUUAGUCCACAGAAAAUCAGUGUAGUUCACUAGAGUGAAUCAGUUAUAUGGCUCUGUAGUCAGUAGAGUGAAAGUUUUGUUUAUUAUGCUAGAGAACUUAUAGAAGGAAAGUGCAUGUGGGUUAUACCAAAUGGUUUGUACAUGUGUUUUUACAAUUUAUAAGUUGAGUAAAUUGAUUUUCCCCUCACGUUUUUUAGAAAUGAUUUAAUUUAUGAACAUGUUUAAUGUUGAUACAUUUGGAGACAUAUGUUUUGAAAUUCCAAAAUAGAUUUUAUCGUGUGUGAAAUGUUUAUGUACUCUGAGAGCCUUUGUCUUAUCCCUAGUGUUCCUGUUGUUAGGGAAUUUUAUAUUUAAAUGAAAGUGUCAAUGUGACGAGUUUGUAAUUAUACAGAAUCAAAUGUAAAUAAGAACUUCAAUAAAUGCGCUCAAUAACCUGUAAAUUGUAUAAUUGGGAAUUGGGUACAGUGUCAUACUCUC